GGCAUCGCUUUCUGUGUGUGUUUUCAGUGGACGUCCAGUGAAAUAGUUGUCCAAAUCGUUGUCACCCUUGCGUUCAAACGAUGGACCACUCGUUCAACUGAUUUGAUUGUCACCUAUUGUUGCCCUCCAGAAGACCCCAAACCACAAGUGAUCGCAUUUGCAAACACAUUGUAUUAGCGUUUUGUGUGUCAAAGCGUUUGAUUGAAUUUCUUCAAUCAAUUGUCACUUAAAUGACUGAAGAAAUGACUGUUUUUGGCAAUUCAUCGCAAGACACGAUGAUUGUCACCACUGUCUCGUCCACACCGCUCGACAACCAACUCACCAACACUACCACUAAUGCCACCAUUAGUGAUAUGUUGAUCGAAGACACCAACACUUCCACAGACAUUGGUUUAAGUGAUCCCAAUUGGAGUACAAAUAUCUGUAUUAAUGCCAACAGUAGUAAUAAUAACAACAAUAUUAAUGACAAUUCAAUGAUUGGCAAUAUUAAUGUGAGUCAAAGUGAGGAACAGUUGACAAAUCCAGACGAUUGUCUUCAGCCGAUCGACAGACUCGAGAAGUAUUGUCUGUCAGACAUCAUAUUUCAU